AUGGAGGACACCGCGCGCGCGCGGUCGAGCGAGGACGGCGCGACGACGUCGAACGCGCGGGCGAGAGUCGGGUCGAUCGAGCGCGCGCGCGCGCGCGGGCGUGGGCGAGAGCGGGACGGCGACGCGGCGGAUGAUGGACGGCGCGCGCGGGCGCGACGAAUGCGAUCGCGCUCGAGGGACGGCGCGCGCGAUGACGGCGCGCACGGCGCGCGCGGGCGGUCGGGAAUGGGCGAUGAUGGCGUGGUGGGGACGUCCGGGGGGGAGAACGCGCGCGCGCGCGAGCGCGAGCGCGGGACGGCGGCGGCGGCGGCGGCGGCGGCGGCGAGAGAGGAAUCGAGCUUCGAACUGAGCGGAUUGCUCGCCGCGGAGUCGAACGCGGUUCGCGGGGUGGCGUUGAAGUACGUCGAACCGGUCGGAGAGGCGCGAGCGCCGACGGGGACUUGGAGAUUGUACGUGUUCAAGGGCGCGGAGGAGUGCGGCGAGCCGUACAAGCUGCGCGGAUCGAAGACGAGGUAUUUAAUCGGACGCGACCGAACCGUGGCGGACAUCCCGAGCGAUCAUCCGAGCUGUUCGAAGCAACACUGUGUGAUUCAGUUCCGUGACGUGGACGACGGUCGAGGGGUGACGCCGUACGCGUUCGAUCUCGGGAGCGCCAACGGAACCUUUGUGAACAAAAAGCGCAUCCAGGGAGAGACGUACGUGCGAUUGAAAUCGCGAGACGUCUUGAAAUUCGGCGCGAGCACGAGGGAUUACGUGUUAUUAGACGAGGACGAGGCCCUGGGCGGGUCUCGGUCGUAG